AUGGCGGGAUUCCCCAGUUCGCAGUCGGUCUCACGGCGAGGGAGACGUCGCCUGUGUUUCCAGCGAUCUAACUCUCUCCCUGCAACACAGUGGCACCAGGAGUGCUGUUGCAAAACCAAAAUAGCCGCCGGGGUUUGCGAGCUGUUGUUGUUAGGUUCUUCUGUGCAUAGUCCGCCCCGCGUGCGCCGGCUCUCGCCAGCGUCUGCCAGGGAGAAUCAGCGUUUCGUUUUACCUUUUGUCGUACGGCAUCGCGGUGUAGUUCGAUGUGGAUGCCCUUCGCCGUGGCGGGAGCCCAUCUGCAGCUGCCGCACGUCGCACAACGAAGAUCCAGGAGAGAGGCCUCCUUGCUCGAGAGAAACCAGAGUGGAGUUGGUGGCAACUGGACAUUCCAGCGGGACGGAAGAGAGCGACGAGGCUCCGUCCUGUUCCGAAGGCAAAACGGGGGGGAAGAGAACCUGGUACGCGAAGCCACGCCUGAGUGGGCUGGGGCGCUCAGCAACCCUUCGCCGAUCUGAAGAGCCGACUGGGCAGCAGAGCCGGAAAGGGUUAUCCCGAGCACGACGCAGCGUUUCUCUCGAACAGCCGGUUUCAGGAGACUUGCAACGCAACCGGAAAGGGACAUGGGGAUACAGAUUCUUGACGAUGGUAUUUCUGUGCGCGGCUAGACUUGUUUGUGCCUCGAGUUACGAUUACCCUCCAGUGAUAUAUACGGCUCAGGACGAAGUUCCGUCUGCCGAAAACAAGUUCUUCACGGACGCUGAGGACACGACUCAUUAUUGGGGCGCCAAGAAUCAUCGGCUUGUUAUGAGCUUCAUCCCUCUUCGAAGAGGCUACAUGGGGUCGCGAUUCAGACUCAGAGCACUCAUCAGCAGUGGCUUUAAGGUCAGGCAUAUCAAACUGGAGCUACCGCGAACUGAGUCCUCGUACUGGCCGUCAGAUUCAGACAUCGAAGGCACGGAUCCUCUCAGAAGGCGUCGCAGACUUGAGGGGCAAAUCGAAGAAGCCCGAGCGGACGGACAUCCUGCGAUAUCUCCAUCUGCCGCGUCUUCCGUCCAGACUGUUCCCUUGCAGCCGGCUUCGUCUCCGGGGGACCGCGCUUCGGCGUCCAGGCAUCCUCUUUGGUCUUCCUUCCCAGAGAGCCUUGCAGCGCCGCCUAAAGUAGUCAGACACCCUCCCGGGACUCAUCACGUGAAGCGCUCGCACCUCCCCCUGCAUCCGCAUCCGGAACGACGCUUGGGUGCUUGUGAGCCCCUACCGCCUGAUACGGAAGACAUCGUGCGGCAAAUCUUCCAGAAGAACGGCGUGUCGACGGACGGAAUUUUGGAAUCCAAACGUGCUGAAUCCGUGAGCGUGGCAAAGCCUUUUUCCGCUGCCUUUGUCGCAGAUGACGAGGGCGUCGAGGUCUUUGACCGGGACCUCGAACUGCCUCCCGAACUCCUCCCCCCCUUCUCUGCAGAAUGUCCCCCCGACACGGCCUGCGGGGCGGAAUUCUGCGCACUGUUCAGCUGCAACGGAGCGAGAAAAGGAAAUUCACCAAGUACAACCCGCGCAGAGGGUAAGACACUUAUGUGGAUUCCGCCGAAAGAGAUCCAAUUGGUGGUGUACGUCGACGUUCCGAGUGCUCCAACGUCCAUGCAGGAAGAAUGGAGGUUGCAGCUGCUGGAGCGUCCAAUGGAAACAUCUCAGCUGAAACUCUAUGAUGGAUACGAGGACGUGUACCAGAUGGAGUACAACAUAGGAGAAGCCAUCAAGAAGAAGACGAAUCAAGUACGGUGCGCAUUCGUGAUCGAAUGUCGGGUAGAGGCGGAUUUAUCCGUCCAGUUCUUCACCGAACUGGUCCCGUCCGCCAUCAAGUUUGGGUUCAUGUUGGCGCCGGCACGUGACAUUCGCCUCGAAGGCGGCUCGGGACUGGGCGGAGCCAACUACACGUUUACGGCCCGUGUUGCGCCGUCACGACAGAGGGUUACCGCGGAGGCGCAGCCGCAGCUGCAUUUGACCCUGCCUGGCCCAGCCUGUUCUUCGAGUGAGACGGACUGGGUGCAACCGUUCGAGGGAAAACCUCUUUGGUUGGUUUCCAACGCAGUCCGGGACUGCUGGGAUCUCUUCCAGGCCUGUGAGACGGUGGACAGCAGCGGGUACUUCAGUUACUGCGAACUGGCGUACGAGACUCUCCGCGAGAACGAGCGCCCGGCGAGAAAGCUCGUUCUGAGUGGAAUUACGCGAGACAUUCCGCCUUCCCCGUUUACGCUCAAGUUCUCCGGCCUGUACCCGCCAAGCACGAACCUGACGAAUUCGGUGCCCCUGUGGUACAUACAGAUUGCCUCAGGCUAUCCAAAGACACUGAAGGAGAAAGAGGACCAGGCGACGCUCGACGACACGUACCAGAAAAUCAUUCAAGAUUUGUACGAUGUGGAUGAGUGCAUUGGGUGGACGUUUCGCCCCUUCAUCGAUAAGCGGUUGCGCGAGUCGAAGCCGAAAAUUAGUCACCAAUCCUUUUUCUACACGCUGCCGCUGGGGUUGCUUCCCACCAUCGUUCGAGGUUCGCCGUCAGACAGCUAUCCGUUUUUCCUGAACCUGACCUUUGGCGUCAACACCUUCUCAACUGGAGCGACGGUCGAGUUCACCUUCCCGCACGAGCUGUUCAGCGGAGAAGGCGCGGCAGCCGCGGAUCGCUAUGACCCGUUUCUCCGUGAAUUUCUCGUGAUUCCGCCGCCAGAACUUGUUUCCACUGCGGCGGGCAGUCGGACUUCAGUGAAGAUUCCCGACAUUCGACUGAGGCGCCAGGCGCCGCUCUCCUUCUACCUGACAGUGCCUGCGAUGGCGACCUUUGGACAGCUCAGCCCGGUGUGGAGUCAGCCGUCUGGGACGGAGGAGUACCUGGCGAAACACGGGUGGGGGCUUCUGGUGAAAGACAAGAAAAACAAGGCGCUCCUGUCCACGUUCAGCUUUCCAGCGCCUGUCUACAACCGGCGGAUGAUCGGCGGGGUCGUCGGUCCUGAGUUUCAGUCGUGGGAUAAGACGAACGGGCUUGAGAUGGCGCUCAUCCGGCUGUACUUUGGAGCCAACUUGCCCCUGUCGAGGAUUCGCAUCGUCAUAAGUGUUAUGUCGAACCCCCUCGACGCGGUGGAUGGGACGGUGAUGAACAGGAAAGACGCGAGCACGUGCACGGCCAUUCUCAGAGGGCCUGACGUCCCUCUGAUCGUGCAAGUUUCAUGCCCGUCUCGCACCGAAGAAAUCUACCAGAUUGACGUAUCCAUGCAGAACGGGGAGCGCCGGUUCCCCGUCGGAUGGUACGUCGCGGGCGUGGUGCCUCAGCAGAAUCCGGCUGACAUCGCGUGGUUCAAACUGCGCGUGUCUGACUCCGAGAAAAAGACGCUGUACGAAACUACCCUGCUUUCCGAUCGCCUCCGACGGGUCGUGCAGCAAGAGCCCUGCAUCAACCGAUUGUCCGUCCGAAGAAUCAAACACCCGUUCACAGGGUACACGUCACAGCUGAAGUUUGCAUUUCAGUUGUUCAACUGCUACAGCCCUUCUCAGCCUCUCCGGCCGCUGCCGCAACAAAUUGAACCGCUCGAGGCGCGCGUGCCCGAAGAAGACGACUGGCCGAAAAAGGAGUACCUCAGCUCCGUACGCGUCACCAGACCGAAUCAAGGCGCGCAGCGAACCACGCAGAGAGCGCCCUUGCGACAAGCGAUGGCCAGAAGUUCCGCGAAGCGAGAAAACCGCAACUGCGCCCUGACCACGUGUCCAGCUGAAGAUCUCGGGGUGUUGUUGACGGACUUGAAUCAACUCGACCCUCCGCACAGCCUCGACCUUCUGAAGCAGCCGAAUUUGCUUCCUUCGUCUCCCACCUUAGCCGCUGCGUCUGUGUAUUACAAUUUUCCGACGGCCGAGCAGGCGGGCGUCCCCCGUCCACCUUCUAUCCGCCGAGACGCUCCGGCGCACCGGAACCCUUUGUCGGCCCACAUUUCGACAGCUGCCAAAGAACAGCUGACGCGCGCGGAAAGCGCCGAUUCGCAGAUUCGAAUUCACGUCCACGUCGUGGUGGACGAGGGCACUUUGAGCGAGGAAGCGAUAAACGGCUUCAAGAGGUUUGUCGCCAGGAAAAUUUUGAACCAGAAGACAGGAACGCUCUGCCAGAAUAGUCGGGGCGUCUUCUGCUAUCUUUACUCCUGGACCGCUGACAAAAGGGCUGUCUCGUGGGAUACCGAAGCGGCUCUGUCUGUCCCAGAAUUCACGGAUGACAGCAUCCCUUCCGACAGCGGCGCCUGGGACGUCUUCGACCAGUUGCGAACACUCAUCAGCCACGCCACCACGGUGCCAUGCAACGGCAAAGCGGCUCGAAUGAACUGGGUCAUUCUUCUCACCCAUUAUCUGUCGGCGAUGAACUACGAGUUGGAAGUGACCGCGACGCAUCCGGCGACGUACGCGCUCCAUGAGAGGACUGCGCAGCCGUUGCAUACAGUAGUGAUCGGCUGGAACCCCGAUCCUCCGGAGAAAGACAAGAGCUUGCAGGAGCGUCUGGCGGCUCUUCCCUUUUCCGAGACUCGUCGCGUCUUUGUUGGAGUCAUGCAGGACGUGCGCAUGCGCGCUCUGGCGCAAGAUCCUGUCUUCAUCUCCUUCCUUUUUCCAGAGGCGACUCAGUACCUUGCAGGCCAUGUAGGCGCUCUGCAGAACUUAGAGGAGCUCCUGUUCCUGAUUCAAGAAGAGUACGCGGCCAGCUUUGUCGCUGUAGACAUUUGUCGCCACCCGCUACCUCCGGACGGAUACAAGUUCGGCAACUCCGUCAACCGGCGAGCAACCAGCAGCGCGGAUCUGGUUCGGCCAAUCGAACUUCUCUACAAUGGAAUCGUGUUCGACCGGUUGAACUGGACUAUUUCACCUGCCGAAGUCGGCGUGUACACAGCUGCAAAGCUCAGCUGGCAAUUCGACAUGGCUUGUGAGGGGGAGCUGGCGACGCAGGAAACAAGUUAA